GGUUUUAUAUCGCAUUCUGGAGAAGAGAAUUCGGAAGAAUUUAGCAAAGAUUCGACCGACGAACCCGCACAUUAUACUGUAAACGAUUUAACCCAUCCCAGAUAUGCCAGUUGAUGUUAGAGUCUCACCAUGCAUCGUCCCUCCACAGUCCGCCGGCUCCUGCACUUGGUAAAUCGGGUGGCUCAAGCAGACCAGAAGUCCAUUCCCUGGACGCAACAGAAAAGCAGACAGUUUCAUGUCCAGACCAAGCUCAACACCGAUGGCGUGUUUAAAGAGCUUACAGAACAGCGGGUUCUCACUCCAUGGAUCACGGCGCUUCGAAGCAGGCAGGCUCAAGACGGGAAAGGAGCCGAACCCAGCGAGCCAGGAAAGCCCAUGAGACGGACCCUCGAACCCAAAAGGAUGUCGGACAGCUAUCAUAGAGUGAUUCUUCCGCUGGCAAAGGAUCCUUGGCUGUCAGAUACGUAUCUCAAUGCGGACGGUCAUAUCAGGUUGGGGGCUAUAUUUAUGGAUUUGGAUGCUCUUUCUGGAGUGAUUGCUUACAAGCAUACCGGGGAUUCGGUGACCACCGUCACGGCAGCUUUCGAUCGAAUAACCAUCAAGCACCCGUUGACUGAGAUAUGUGAUCUUGAAUUGAGCGGUCAGGUCACGUAUGCCACAGGAAGAAGUAGUAUGGAGAUCUCCCUCCAAGUGGCCAAAGACCCUGGUCCGGAUGGAGUAAGGGGCGAAGAUGAUAUUCUACUGAAUUGUAACUGUACCAUGGUCUCCCUUGACCCCGUCACUCGCAAACCGACCAACAUCCAUCCUUUGACCAUUGAGACGCCGGAGGAGCGACGGUUGUACGAGAGAGGAGAGCAAAAUUCCCAGCGCCGACGGGAGCAAGCCAAUACAUCGUUGGUCAAGUACACCCCCAACGAUGAGGAGAGCGACUUGAUCCAUAAUAUAUGGCAAAAGCAUAUCGAAUUCGAUGACCCGAACAAUCUGCUGACGAAACCGGGGAACGUGCACUUCAUCGAAUCAACGCGGAUCCAAACGACCCAAAUUAUGCAGCCUCAGUAUCGGAAUCGACACAACUUCAUGGUAUUCGGCGGUUUCCUUCUGAAACAAGCAUUCGAGCUGGCCUUUUGCUGUGCGGCCUCCUUUUCGCACCAGCGACCGUCCUUCCUUUCCCUGGACCCUUCGACCUUUGAAAAUCCGGUUCCCGUGGGGUCGGUGCUAUAUCUUUCGGCUCGGGUGGUGUACACCGAUCCGCCGCUUGUCCCUGGGGUGGGGGAAGUGGCCGAGCAAGACAGUUCUCGGACUCGGCUACACGUUCGAGUGGAUUCCAAGGUCCGCGACGUUGCGCACGGUGCGACCAAGCCGACCGGAACUUUCAAUUACACAUUUGUCGUGGACAGGGAUAUCAAGGUCAUGCCGAGGACCUACACCGAAUUCAUGAUGUACAUCGACGCGAGGCGGCGGCUGAAGAAAGUUGACCGCACGCUUGUUGAUAUUCGGACCAAGGGCAACGUAACAGAAUAGAGCAACAUCGUGACCCUAUGUACAAAAAAAUCAUCCGCAAUACGUGGACAAUCCAUGAGCGACACCAUGCGAUGCAAAUGAUUUGAAGGAGACCACAACUGACAAAAGCAUCUGCGCUUGGCGA